AUGGAUGAGUGGGUAGGGAGAAGGAAGGGGGCCCUGACAUUUAGGGUGACGCAGGUGGUGUCCGGACACGGCUGUUUCGGACACUACCUGCACAAGAUACAGAGAGAGCCGGGGCCUCAGUGCCAUGAAUGUGGCGCGGUGGACGACACGGCCCAGCACACUCUGGAGGUGUGCAGUCGCUGGGCCGUGGAAAGAGCUGCCCUCAGGGCAGCGACGGGGGUGGCGGACCUCUCGCUACACAUCAUAAUAGCGGCGAUGCUGUGUAGCGAGAGGAAAUGGGAAGCGGUGGCCUCCUUCUGCGAGGAGGUCAUGUCACAGAAGGAGGAGGCGGAGAGGGAGCGAGAAGCGGCUGCUGACGCGCUUCCUCUCCGACGCAGGCGGCAGGGUCGAAGGCUGAGAGCAUAUGCUCGCCUCGAGCCCUAG